AUGUCGACCGACGGGCUCAAGCAGGCAGGGAAGUACCUUCGGUGGGCGAAGGAGCGGCAGGACGUGCACUGCGACGAGGUGGCGGGCCAUGUGCGGGACUUCCUAGCCACGCAGCUGCGCCCGGGCGAGUUCUACUCCACCGAGGAGGCCAAGGAGCUCCUCGGCGAGCUCGAGGGGAGCCUGCGCGACGCCGUGCGGCAGGAGAUCCGGCACGUCCAGCUCGUCGCCGCGAACCUUGCCCGGAAACUCGUCGACGGCGCGAAGGACGCCGGCGCGACCGUCGAGGUCGACACCGUAGGCCUGGAGGACGAGGCCGCGAUCAACGAGCUCAAGUGGGAGGAGCAGGCCAGCUCCGACGCGCCGCCCGCGGUCGGGCUCCCGGCCGCCGCCAGCAAGGACCCCCCCCCGCGCGUGGCCGACCCCGACGUGUCCCGUCGCGUCGCCGAGCUCACCGCGCAGCUGGACAGGGCGCGGCUCGAGGAGACGAACACCCGCGAGGCGCUCGAGCGAGCGCGCCGCGACGCGGCCGCCUUGCGUGAGCAGAUCGAGCACGAGCGGCAGGCGCGGCGCGCUGUGGACAACACGCGCCCGGGGGGGCUCCCGCCGCUCGGGGGCGCGCUGCCGCCUGUGCGCGGCGCGGCGCAGGGCGGCGGGGAGGAGGAGGGGUCGCUGGUGUUGCUGGAGCGCGUGGCGAAGCUGGAGCGAACGAACGAGGAGCUGGGGAGGAAGCUGGUGGCGGCGCGCGCGGAGGCGAGCAAGGCGAGGGCGGACGCGGAGCAGGCGGAGCAGAAGGUGCAAGGGGCCAACUUCACGGCGGCGCGCACCGCGGGCCGCGCGGAGCGGAGUGCGGAGGCCAGGGUGCAGGACAGCAAGCAGUUCCAGCAGCUGAAGCAGCUGAUGCAGAAGAAGAGCCAGGAGGUCAUCGAGCUGCGGAAGCGGCUGCAGAAGUACGAGCCCGACAUCGUGCCGACCGCGGACUGA